AUAGUUCAAUAAUAACAGGAGAUGUGUUGAGCUGCAUACUCAGCCUGUCAUAUGUUGCAAAAGAAAGGAGGGAAACACAACAACGCUUUUUUAUAUUAUAACUUAAUAUUGUACUGAAAGAUCAACCAAUCCCAACAUGGGUGGCGGUGAUUUGAAUCUAAAAAAAUCAUGGCAUCCUCACACGAUGAAGAAUCAGGAGCGUGUUUGGAAAGCGGAACAGGCGAAACAAGAGGAACAACGCAAAUUGGAUGAUUUACGCAAGGAAAUCAACGAGGAACGGGAUCGCGAGGAGCUGCGACGCAUUGGCGAAAACUCAGGCGUUCUCGCAGGCAACGUCGGCGGCGAAGCGAAACUCGAAUGGAUGUAUAAAAACAGCGCCGAGCUAAUCAAUCGGGAGGAAUAUCUGCUGGGUCGCAAGAUAGAUAAAUCGUUUGAGCAGCUGCAGUCCGAGGAGCGCCGCCAAGAGCCUAGUGCCCUGGGCCUCAAGCAGUCCAUAAACCAUGUGGAGCACGAGUGUGUGCCAUUCUCUAUACGUGAAUAUCGUAAUCUGCAGUCCACCGAGCAGGUGGACAUGCAACGCAAGACACUGGAGGAUCCACUGAUGCUUAUCAAGCAGCGGGAAAUGGAAUCGCGACGCAAACUGCUAGAAAAUCCAGUUAGACUAAAGGAAAUCCAUCGCAUACUCAAAACCGAGCAAGAGCAGGCAACGAAACGCAACAAAAAAUCCAAAAAGAGCAAGAAGUCCAAGAAGAACAAGCACAAAAAGGGCAGCAGCAGCAGUAACAAUGAGGACAGCGACGACAGCAACGAUGAUCUGGACAGAAAGCUGGCAAAGCAGAUGAAGAAACUGAAAGGCGAGAGUACAAACGGUGACUUCAAGCUGGACAAACUGUUGGAUGCCAAAUAUCGCACAUUGACCAAACAGCUGGACAUGGCCACCACCAAGCCAAAGCAAAAGAAAAAGUCGCGUAAACGCAGCGAUAGCAGUGAGAACAGUGAGCAGCGCAGCGAAGAGGAGGAACGUGAACAGACCAGAGAAAGGCGAGGAAAACAUGUGCCAGUGGAGCCUCGAGAGAGUAGAGCAAGACAUGGCCAAAGCAACAGCAACGCCGAUGAGCGAACGAAGCGCAGAGAGCGGGAGCAGGAUGUGAGAAGGCAUCAUGAAGCCAGCAAUAGCAGACGGCGACGAAGCAGAAGUCGCAGUCUACGCCGAGCACAACAAAAACCACAGCGUCGAAGAAGUCGCAGUGCUGAGAAACAGCGACCACAGCGGAUCAGGGAACGCAGCGGAGAACGUGUCAGAAAACAUAGCAGAGAACGCAGUGGAGAACGGAUCAGGGAACGGAGCAAGGAGCGUAGUCGGGAUCGGCGUCGACGUAGUCGCACUCCAGAAAAACAACAACAAGAACAUCGCCGUAAUCCCAGCCCUCCAGCUGCACGUCAGGCCGCCAAAUCCAAGCUGAGCGACCACGAGCGCGAAGCACGUCUGCGCGAGAUGAUGGAGAAUGCGACGUGGCGUGAGGCGGAUCGCACCAAAGUCGUGCACAAGCAUCGCGAGGAAUAUGCGCGCGAGGAGGCUCAGAAUCAGGCACGCGAUUUUGACAAACAGUUCAUCAACAAGGAGGUGAAGAAGGCCAUUGACAAUCAGACCUCCAUUGGUAAUCGCAUCCGUUCCAAUCUGAACAAUAUUCAACGUACCUCGGCUGCCAUGGACUCCAAUUUUGCACGCAAAUAGCAAAUGGGAAAAUCCCUAGCCCUAAGUUUCUAGUAUUAGGCUAUAUGCAAUGGAACAUUUAGAAACUCCUAAAGUGACUCAACUUAAGGUUCGAAUGUGUAGCAAUUAUUGUCAAGAUUGAUUGAUCAGAUUAAAAAUUAUAUAUACAAUAUAAUAUCCGAUUAUUUUAGAUAUAUAUUGUAGUAUACGUCACUAUUACUUAAACUUUUUGAAACAAGUUGGAAACAA